UAUUCAGAAUUGUUAGAUAAACAAAACUCGGUAGAAGUUGAGCGUUUCAGCUCGUCAAAAGUGAGGAGAUAGCAAGCGUACCGUACAAAACCUGGUGGCGAAAAGCAUUACGGACAAAGAUCGACGCUUCGCCUAAUCUUUCUUUGAAGAGACAGACAGUAGGAUCGAUACACACGAUUUCGGUCUCUGCAAUUAUACUCCAUGGCCAGGAUCGGACACAACAAUCUCAAUGCGAAGCUGGUUCUUCUUGGAGACAUGGGCGCUGGGAAAUCCAGCCUCGUCUUGCGCUUUGUUAAGGGCCAAUUCCACGAGUUCCAGGAAUCAACCAUAGGAGCUGCAUUCUUCUCACAAACACUGGCAGUGAAUGAUGCAACACUAAAGUUUGAGAUAUGGGACACAGCAGGACAAGAGAGGUACCACAGCUUGGCUCCCAUGUAUUACAGAGGUGCUGCUGCUGCCAUCAUCGUCUAUGAUAUCACUAGCACUGAAUCAUUUUCACGUGCCAAGAAAUGGGUGCAAGAGCUUCAGAAGCAAGGAAAUCCUAACAUGGUUAAGGCUCUUGCUGGGAAUAAAGCUGACUUGGAAGAUAAGAGGAAAGUGACUGCUGAAGAGGCACGUGUAUAUGCUGAGGAAAAUGGGCUCUUUUUCAUGGAGACCUCUGCCAAAAAUGCCAUCAAUGUAAAUGAUAUAUUUUACGAAAUAGCUAAAAGGUUACCUAGAGCACAGCCUGCUCAGAAUCCGGCAGGGAUGGUUCUUGUGGAUAGGCCCACAGAAGGAUCUCAAGCGGCAUCUUGCUGUUCAUAAUGUAUUUUCAAACAUAAGUUAUAGGUCUAUUCUUUUCUCUGCUCUCUGGUUUGCUUGAUGUGCAUGUACUCCAAUGGCACUGUGUUUUGGAAGAGAAACAAAUAUGUGGGUCUGAUGAUGGGUUUAUAGAACUACCAUUGAAGCGAUAUGAUAUAUGAUCUGAGGUCUCCAACAUUGUUGAACA